GAAUUUGAAACCAAACCAAGAAGCACAGUGUCUGUCCGGGAAGGUCAAGGUGUGGUACUUCUCUGUGGUCCACCACCACACGUUGGAGAUUUAUCUUAUGCAUGGACCUUCAAUGAUAACCCUUUAUAUGUCCAAGAGGACAACAGACGGUUUGUAUCUCAAGAGACAGGAAAUUUGUACAUUGCUAAAGUGGAACCAUCAGAUGUGGGCAACUACACUUGCUUUAUAACAAACAAGGAAGCCCAGAGAAGUGUGCAAGGACCACCCACUCCAUUAGUGCAGCGCACUGAUGGUGUGAUGGGGGAAUAUGAACCAAAGAUUGAAGUGCGUUUUCCUGAAACAAUACAAGCUGCAAAGGAUUCAUCUGUAAAACUGGAAUGUUUUGCCCUUGGAAAUCCAGUCCCUGAUAUUAGUUGGAGGAGGCUGGAUGGAAACCUGUUGCCAGGGAAAGUCAAGUACAGCAAAUCCAAAGCCAUCCUUGAAAUCCCGAACUUUCAACAGGAAGAUGAAGGCGGCUAUGAGUGCACUGCAGGCAACCUUCGAGGAAAAAACAUUGCAAAGGGUCAUCUCAUUUUCUAUGCCCCUCCAGAAUGGGAACAAAAAAUCCAAAAUACAUACUUGUCUAUAUACGACAGCUUGUUUUGGGAAUGCAAAGCUAGUGGAAAGCCAAACCCUUGCUACACAUGGUUAAAGAAUGGAGAGCACCUCAAUCCAGAGGAGAGAAUUCAAAUAGAAAAUGGGACACUUAUUAUAACAAUGUUGAAUGUGUCAGAUUCUGGUGUCUACCAAUGUGCUGCAGAAAACAAGUAUCAGACCAUUUAUGCAAAUGCAGAAUUGAAAGUAUUAGCUUCAGCUCCCAAUUUCUUCAGAAAUCCUAUUAAGAAAAUAUCAGUUGUUCAAGUUGGUGGAGAUAUCGCUAUCGAAUGCAAGCCCAGUGCUUUUCCCAGGGCAACGAUUUCCUGGAAAAGAGAAACAGAGAGCUUGAGACAAAGUCAAAGAGUGUUUCUCAUGGAGGAUGGCAGCCUGAAGAUUUAUAAUGUUUCCAGGUCAGAUGCUGGAUCAUAUACUUGCAUAGCCACAAAUCAGUUUGGUGUUGCUAAGAGCACUGGCAGCCUGGUGGUAAAAGAGAGGACUGUUAUUAUCGUUCCACCUUCCAAAAUGGAUGUUACAGUUGGCGAGAGUAUAGUCCUACCAUGCCAGGUGUCCCAUGACCCCUCCAUGGAAGUUGUAUUUGUAUGGUCUUUCAAUGGAGAUAUUAUAGACUUAAAAAAAGGGGUUUCUCAUUUUGAAAGGAUUGGAGGAGAAUCUGUUGGAGAUUUGAUGAUAAGGAAUAUUCAGUUAAACCAUUCAGGAAAAUAUAUGUGCAUAGUACAAACAACCCUAGAAAUUUUAUCUGCUGUAGCUGAUAUAAUUGUAAGAGGUCCCCCAGGUCCCCCAAAGGAUGUGAAAGUGGAACACAUUUCCAGUACUACUUCUCAACUCAGCUGGAGACCAGGCCCAGAUAAUAACAGUCCCAUUCAAAUAUUUACUAUUCAGACUCGAACACCAUUUUCUUUGGGUUGGCAGGCUGUUUCUACAGUUCCAGAAAUCCUCAAUGGUAAGACAUACAAUGCAACAGUGGUUGGUUUGAGCCCUUGGGUGGAGUAUGAAUUCCGUGUUGUUGCUGGAAAUAGCAUUGGGAUUGGAGAACCAAGUAAACCAUCAGAGUUGUUAAGAACCAAAGCAUCAGUCCCAGUCGUGCCACCAACAAACAUCAAUGGAGGUGGAGGAAGUCGAUCUGAACUCAUCGUUACAUGGGAGUCAAUUCCAGAAGAACUACAGAAUGGUGAGGGAUUUGGAUAUAUCGUCAUGUUUCGGCCAGUUGGCUCAACAACAUGGACUAAGGAAAGAGUAGUUUCUGUGGAAUCCUCAAAGUACAUUUACAGAAAUGAAAGCAUCAUCCCUCUUUCUCCCUUUGAAGUCAAAGUGGGUGUAUACAAUAACAUAGGAGAAGGAUCCCUGAGUACUGUAUCCAUUGUCUACUCUGGAGAAGAUGAACCUCAAUUGGCCCCAAGAGGAACAUCUGUCCAGAGUGUUUCUGCCUCUGAAAUGGAGGUUUCCUGGAAUGCAAUUGACUGGAAUAGAAACACUGGACGAGUGCUGGGCUAUGAGGUGCUAUACUGGACAGAUGACUCCAAAGAAUCCAUGAUUGGUAAAAUUAGGGUCAGUGGAAAUGUCACAACCAAAAACAUCACAGGGCUGAAAGCAAAUACUGUCUACUUUGCUUCUGUGAGAGCUUACAAUACUGCUGGGACAGGGCCGUCAAGUGCCCCUGUCAAUGUCACGACCAAAAAGUCUCCUCCAAGUCAACCACCAGCAAAUAUAGCCUGGAAACUGACAAACUCUAAGUUAUGUUUGAACUGGGAGCAUGUAAAAACCAUGGAAAAUGAGUCUGAAGUGUUGGGCUACAAGAUUCUGUAUCGGCAAAACAGACAAAGUCAAACUCAUAUUUUGGAAACAAACAAUACAUCAGCUGAGCUUCUUGUUCCAUUUGAAGAAGAUUACUUGAUUGAAAUAAGAACGGUCAGUGAUGGUGGGGAUGGAAGCAGCAGUGAGGAAAUUAGGAUUCCAAAAAUGUCAAGUUUGAGUUCCAGAGGAAUCCAUGUCUUAGAACCCAGCAGCCAUUUCCAUUUUCUGUCAAUUGCCAUUGUGAUUUUUACUGUUUUGCUUUCCAUCCACUUAUAUGCUGAAUAA